CGUAUAUGUAUAUAUGUAUAUAGGAUCUUGCACUUUCUAUCCAAAGAGGAAGUCUGGAUUGGGAGCGAGCAAUGCGAUGUCUAAGGCAUGCUCUUCGCAGCACUCCCUCACCAGACUGGUGGAGGCGUGUACUUCUUCUGGCUCCUUGUCACAGACAUGCACAGUCUCCGACUCCUGGUGCAGUAUUCACGUCUGACAUGAUCUCCGAGGCAACAAUUGAAAGGAUUGUUGAGCUGUUAAAGCUGACUAAUUCAGAAAUCAACUGCUGGCAGGAGUGGCUCAUAUUUUCUGAUGUGUUUUAUUUUCUCAUGAAAAGUGGAUGCAUUGAUUUUGUGGAUUUUGUCGAAAAGUUAGUCUUACGGCUCCAGGAAGAUGAGCAACAUAUACUCAAGACAAAUCAUGUCACGUGGCUGCUCGCACAAAUUAUUCGGGUUGAGCUAGUGAUGAAUGCUUUAAAUUUGGACUCAAGAAAGGUGGAGACAACCAGAAAAAUUGUGUCGUUUCAUAAAGAUGAGAAAAGCUCUGACCCUAAUAGUCCACAAAGUAUCCUCCUUGAUUUCAUAAGCAGUUGUCAGAACUUGCGGAUUUGGUCACUGAAUACAUCAACUAGAGAGUAUCUUAAUAAUGAACAGCUUCAGAAGGGAAAACAAAUAGAUGAAUGGUGGAGGCAAGUGAGUAAAGGGGAACAAAUGAUGGAUUAUAUGAAUUUGGACGAUAGAUCUAUUGGGAUGUUUUGGGUUGUAUCUUACACAAUGGCACAGCCUGCUUGUGAAACAGUUAUGAAUUGGUUAACUUCAGCUGGAUUCACAGAGUUGUUAACGGGACCAAAUGUGCAGUCCACUGAGAGAAUAAUGAUGAUGCUUGAAGUUGUCCCAUUGCCAAUAUCAUUGCUCUCAGGAUUUUCCAUAAAUUUGUGCAUGAAACUCGCUCUUCAGAUGGAGGAUUCCAUGUUUUCUGGACAGGUACCCAGCAUUGCUAUGGUUGAAACAUAUUGUAGGCUGCUGCUCAUAUCUCCUCAUUCUUUAUUCCGCUCCCACUUGAGUCAUCUAAGACAGAGAAAUCAAGCCACCUUGACCAAGCCGGGGAACACCAUUUUGGUUUUUGAAAUUCUCAACUAUCGCCUGCUUCCACUGUACAGAUACCAAGGGAAGAGCAAAGCAUUGAUGUAUGAUGUCACCAAAAUGAUAUCUGUACUAAAGGGGAAACGUGGAGAUCAUAGAAUUUUCAGACUGGGUGAAAAUCUAUGCAUGAAUCUUAUUUUGUCAAUGAGAGAUUUUUUCUUCGUCAAGAGAGAAGGAAAGGGUCCAACAGACUUUACUGAGACUUUGAAUCGCAUAACUGUUACAACUCUUGCAAUCAUUAUCAAAACUCGUGGAAUAGCAGAGUUUGAACACCUACUCCAUCUUCAGACAAUGUUAGAACAGAUACUAGCAACUAGUCAGCAUUCUUGGUCAGAGAAAACACUUCGAUACUUUCCUUCAAUCUUACGUGAUGCAUUGAGUGGUCGGAUGGAUAAAAGGAGUGGCCAAUUGGAUAAAAGGACACUGGCUAUCCAAGCAUGGCAACAGGUGGAAACAACUGUAAUUAAUCAAUGCACCCAGCUUCUUUCACCAUCAGCUGAUCCAAGUUAUGUUGUUACUUACAUUAACCACAGUUUUCCUCUGCACCGUCAAUAUCUUUGUGCCGGUGCAUGGAUACUAAUGCAUGGGCACUCUGAAAACAUCAACAGUGUGAACCUUGGACGUGUCUUGAGAGAAGUAUCUCCCGAAGAGGUUACUUCCAAUAUAUACACGAUGGUAGAUGUAAUGCUUCAUCAUAUUCAUUUGGAACUGCAGCGAGGACAUCCCUUGCAGGAUCUUAUGGUAAAAACAGUUUCCAAUCUUUCAUUUUUUAUCUGGACACAUGAGCUACUUCCUUUGGAUAUCUUGCUUCUUGCACUUAUUGAUCGUGAUGAUGACCCGCAUGCUUUGCGCAUUGUGGUUAGUUUACUUGAUAGUAAAGAGCUUCAACAAAAAGUUAAAGUUUACCUUUUAAGUCGUGGCCCACCAGAGAAUUGGGCUCAAACUGGACCUUUCAAGCGUUCUGAGUUGCAGAAAGCUCUUGGGAAUCAUCUCUCUUGGAAGGAAAGGUAUCCAACAUUCUUUGAUGACAUUGCUGCUCGCCUGCUUCCAGUGAUCCCUCUAAUCAUUUACAGAUUUAUUGAAAAUGAUGCUAUGGAUGCAGCAGAUAGAGUCCUGCAGAUCUAUGCUUCUUUUCUCCAUUAUUAUCCUCUAAAUUUUACAUUCGUUCGUGAUAUUCUUGCGUAUUUUUAUGGCCAUCUUCCUGGGAAGCUAAUACUCCGUAUACUAAAUGUGUUGGGUAAAAAGGUUCCAUUUUCUGAUCCAUUUCUUCAACAUAUUAACUCAACUAACGCAACAAUGUGCCCUCCUUUGGAUUAUUUUGGUACUCUGUUAUUGGGUCUGGUAAAUCAUGUCAUUCCUUCUCUAAAUAGCUCGUCCAAAACUGCACAAACAGGAGAUGUUUCAAGCAGUUUUGCCCGUGCUCCACCUACCAAGCCACAUUUAAGUUCUCAACCUGGAUCAACAAAUUCUCUUGAAGGCCAGAAACCUUUCUAUCAAAUUCAAGACCCGGGAACUUACACUCAACUGGUGCUUGAAACAGCUAUAAUUGAGAUACUCUCUUUUCCUGUCUCUCCAUCCCAAAUUGUCUCUUCACUCGUUCAAAUUGUUCUGCACAUACAACCAACACUUGUUCAAUCGAGCAAUGGACUACAUGGAUCUCCCAACAGUAUUGGCCAGAGCUCAGUUUUGCCUACUUCUCCCUCUGGAGGAAGCACCGAUUCACUUGGUUCAACCAGGAUUGCCCCUUCCGUUCCUGGUUUGAAUGCAUCUGUUUUUGCCUGCCGCACUGGUUACACCUGCCAGCAGUUAUCUUGCUUGUUGAUCCAAGCUUGUGGUCUUUUAUUAGCUCAACUUCCUCCAGAGUUUCAUGUGCAACUGUAUUUAGAGGCUGCACGUGUAAUAAAAGAGAGUUGGUGGCUCACUGAAGGGAAAAGGUCUUUCGGGGAACUAGAAUCUGCUGUUAGAUAUGCUCUAUUGGAUCCCACAUGGGCUGCCCAGGACAAUACUUCAACAACCAUUGGUAAUGUUGUGGCACUUCUACACGCAUUCUUCAGUAACCUUCCACAAGAAUGGCUCGAGGGAGCACACCUCAUCAUUAAACAUUUGAGACCUGUGACAUCCGUGGCAGUGUUGAGAAUAUCAUUUCGUAUUAUGGGUCCUUUACUACCAAGAUUGGCAAAUGCCCAUCCUCUUUUCAGUAAGACACUGUCAUUGCUUUUAAAUAUACUGGUGGAUGUCUUUGGGAGGAGCACACAGCCACCAGCUCCAGUUGAAGCUUCAGAGAUAGCUGAUAUCAUUGACUUCCUGCAUCAUGUGAUCCAUUAUGAGGGGCAAGGAGGGCCAGUUCAAGCAAGUAGCAGACCCAGAACUGAAGUUCUUGCUCUUUGUGGGAGGGCAGCUGAAAGCUUACGCCCAGACGUGCAUCAUCUUUUUUCUCAUCUCAAAGCUGAUUCAAAUGCAUCUGUUUAUGCGGCAGCACACCCGAAACCCGUUCAGACCCCCUCAUAGAUCUUCUUCUUUAAUUAUUCAACUAUUAGUAGAAAGUGAUUACUCCAAUAUCCAGCAUGUAAUUAUGCAUCACCUUACAGAGUUAUUCUCUGGUUGUUUCUUGGUCCAGUUUACUGUCUGGAACCAUCAAUUAAAACCAAUGCUUUCACCAGUCAAUUUUUUUGCUUCUAUUUUUUUGUUAGUUUAUCACUGUUAUUUAUUUGAGAUUUUAUAAGACAUUUUAACUUGUAAUUCCUUUCAGAUUUUGUAAAACAAUAAAUCUUGUGUGCUAGA